CCUGUAUCCGACACCCCCCGCGCACGCGCCAUGCUGCAGCGCUCGUCGACGUUGCCGCGGGUUGCGAGGCCAAUGCUGCCCCUGACUGGAAGCACGUUUCCAUUGCCCGACGAAUGCUUCUCAAGUCCGGAACUGACACGGAGUGGCGAAGAAGAGUUGAUCCGGAUGGGAUUAGAUGCACUCAAGCUGCUCGUGCGCGAGACCCGCGUGGAUCGAGCAGGUGGACCGGUGAAUUGGACGCUGGACCACGACGCCGAUGGCUUGCAGAUUUAUGUGGGAUCGGAAAUUGGAAAGGCGAAGGAGACAGUAUUCAUGAGCAUUACAGAGAUGCCCGCUACGUUGGACGAGGCUGCCAACCUCCACGCAAGCGACACGAACAAAGAAUUCCACGAAUUCAUCACAAAGUACAAUCCCGACCUUUGCGACUGCCGCGUCAUCAAGACGUUGGCACCAACAACCCCCAAGCACCCCUACAACUAUAUUGGAAUCAAGUGGUUCUGCUUAGAGUCUCCGCCGCCUGUUCGCAACCGCGACUUUGUAUUUGUCGAAUGCCGCGACGUGUUUGAAGCCAACGGUGUCAGGGGGUGGGCGCGUGUGAUGGAGUCGGUGGAAAUUCCAUUUUGCGUUCCAGAUCUCCGCAGCACCAUGGGAAUCGUCCGUGCAACGAUUCAUGCGAGCGGCAUCGUAUUUAAAGAAAUGCCGUCUCGACCGGGCAUGCUCCAAGUCAUGCAAGUGUACAACUUGGACUUGGGCGGCAACGUCCCGAGCUGGAUCCAACGGAUCGCGAUGAAGCACCGGGCCAAAUCGUUGCAGCGCUUUGACAUGUACUUGAGGGCGAAGCGCCUUGGCCUGCGCCCGCUUCUCUCGGACUCGGAUCUGGUCAAAACAUCAAGUCGACGGCGCUGCUUUCUCUGUCAAUCGCGGUUUUCUCCAUUUUCACGGCGCCAAAACUGCCGGCUUUGCGGCGAGGUGAUAUGCCGCCACUGCCACCGGCAAUGGGAACUGACCGACUCGCGACGCAUCACGAGAUACGUUCGUGUGUGUGUUCGAUGUGCCAAUGACCCAACCGUCAAAGAGGGUAGCCAUGCAUUCAGUGCCGUAGACGCCGACCGCGAUCGAUUGGAAGACUCUCGUGAUAUUCGUGCAGCAAGCUUCCCGACUUCACAACCUACCACCCAAGUGCUCGAAAGUCCAUACGACGGGUUAGAGACUAUGGAUGGUUCUCGACUACGCAGACCUAACAGCCCCCUCACUCAACACCCGUCUCAAAACGGUGGUGUUGCGGAAGAUAUCGUGUUGGGUCCUCGCGAACGGACGUACAUGUCUCCGAAACGAGUCGCACAGCCCACGUCCCGUCCUCCUCCAUGCAACGAUGGUAUCGAGGUGUAUUCACGUCCGGCGGAGUUAUCGCAAGCACAAAUCGCAGACCUGACCAAUUCAAGUACCGCGUCACACCAGCAGCUCCUCGACUUGUUUCACCAAAUGAAAAAACUCAAGCUGGAAGAACGCUAUGGCGACGUCGCUGAAGUGUCGACGACGUCCGCCCCUGCCGCUAUUUAAUGUGGAUUCAAGCCCAUGCAUUGCAAACUCCAACUCGGAAGCCUCGUGCUGCACGCCUUCGUUCUUCAGUUCAAUCGACACCACUUGCGACAGGAGUGCCACCACCGUAUACCAGUUUGAGGUCCCAUUGUUUGCGUGCAUUCGGUAUUCCUGACCUGCGACGACACCAGGUCGCCUAACAUGUUCACUUGUGCAUCAUCCUGUGAGUCAUCAAGCGCUAAGGAUGCCGUCCUGUCGCAAGCGUGCAACGAAGAAGUGAGGUGGAUGCACGCCGAGAAUAGCUACGUAAUCCCUUUCGCACGGUAUUUUCUGCAAGACAUGCGGCGUCACUCGGCCACGUCCUUU